AUGUCACUAGCCGGUUACACUGGAAACCUAAACCCAACAGCUCCGGUCUUUUUACCGGCGAAUCUACAACCGAUUCCCUUCUUUAUUCCGACUACAAUCUACCUCUCUCUUCCUCUUCCUCCUCCUCAUUGUCCUUCUUUUCACUCUAUCUUCGCCGGAGCUCUACCUCCUCCUCCUCUUCCCGAUUUUCACCCGACUUCUUUUACGCCGACGAGAGCCUUGGUGCUGUUACCGGUACCCACUGACGUCACCGAGACAUCUCUUCGUCGCGAUCUAGAAGUGUUCGGCGAGGUUCGUGGAGUCCAGAUGGAGAGAGCUGACGAAGGAAUCGUGACCGUCCAUUUCUACGAUCUAAGAGACUCGCAAAGAGCGUUGAGGGAGAUACGCGACUGUCACAUGCAUCAUCACCACCACCAACGAUUCGGUUAUACGGCGGCGCGUGGCGGACUCGUCUCCGGAACAACCGUCUGGGCCCAUUUCGUGUUUCCUCAGCUCACUGCCGUUCCCGGAGGGAACAAUCAAGGGUCCCUAGUGGUUAUGAAUUUAAAACCCACCGUCUCUUCCACUACUCUCCGCCGCAUUUUCAAGCUUUACGGUGAAGUGAAGGAGCUGAGAGAGACGCCGUUCAAGAAAGAACAGAGAUUCGUCGAGUUUUUCGACGUCAGAGACGCCGCAUUAGCUCUCCGUGAGAUGGACGGAAAAUCCAUCGACGGCAAACCAAUCCUCAUCCAAUUCAGCCGUCCCGGUGGUUUAAGUAGAAAAUUCUUCCUCGCCUCUCGCUUCAACAAAAGCUUCCUCUUCAACAACCACUAUCAGCCACCGCCGCCGCCGCAUUACCAUCGCCGGCUACCAUCUCCGGCGAUAAAGGUGAAGCCAUCCACUCAACGGUACGAUCAACCAAAGACGAACAAAAACAAACGGUCUAUGAAGAAGAAGAAGAUGAAUGUUAAGGACAACGGUUGCUUCACCAUAAACGAAGACGCUAAUUUCGGCGCCGGUCGUACCACCGUGAUGAUCAGAAACAUCCCAAACAAGUACACUCACUGGAUGUUUCUGGAGAUGAUGGACACACAUUGCAACGAGUGUAACCAAAAGAUAAUCAUGGAAGGGAACAAUACGCCUAUGUCAUCUUAUGACUUCGUUUACCUUCCGAUUGAUUUCAAAUCCAAAUGCAAUUUGGGAUAUGCGUUUGUGAACAUGACAACUCCUGAAGCAGUUUUGAGACUCUACAAGGCUUUUCACAACCAACAUUGGAGCGCCUUCAAGUCUAGAAAGAUCUGUGAGGUCGCUUAUGCUCGAAUCCAGGGGAUUGAGUUGGUGAAGGAACAUUUUAGGAACUUGAGGCUUCCGGGAGUAGAAAUGGUGAAGUUAAUGCCGGUUGUCUUCUCGCCGCCGCGUGACGGGCGGUUGCUGACGGUGCCAGUCUCCAUUGGUGUUGACCUCGGGACCAAACCAGUGGAAGAUAGCUGUCACUCUAGUGAUGAGACUGAAACCGUCAUGUCUUGUUCGUCUUCCGACAAGAGUUCGGAUGGAAGUGACGGUUGUUUUCUUGGCGAGAGAAUCAAGAACGGCGGCGUUUGUUCGGAUGACGAAAGCAUAAACAGUGAUGUGUGA